AUGACGUCCACAAAACCGACCUGUUCGCUCUGCGAUUUGUCGUUUGAAAAUUCUCAAGAGCAUAGAUUACACGCGAAAAGUGAAUCGCAUAUAGCAGCUUUGAGACAGCGCGCGGUCGCUUCAGGAUUGAUCGACGAAACAAUUGACGAUGAUGACACCUACAUCAGCCAGACACAAGUCACGGAUGGUUCACGCAAACAACUAUCAGGUAGCGAUACAGAAACCUCAGAUGAAGUCCCCGACGAUGAACUACCAGAGUUCGAGCCCGAAAAAUGCAUUAUCUGCACCCAAAACAACAAAAGCUUGGAUGACAACAUCCAACACAUGAAGACAGCACACAGUUUCAGGAUCCCGUAUGAGAAUCACUUGAGUGUGGACUUGGAGACAUUAAUCUGGUACCUCCACUUCAUCAUCAAUACCUACCGCGAGUGUAUUUAUUGCGGAACGAGAAGCCGUACCGUUCAAGGCAUCCAGCAACAUAUGGUGGGCAAAGGCCAUUGCAGAAUCGAAAUGUCAGACGAGAUAUUGGAAUUCUACGAUCUCGAGGGACUGAAGAAAUACGAAACGGAAAACGGCGUUGCCAUCGACAGCGAGACCCUUCGACUGUCAUCUGGAAAACUGCUAUCACAUCGUACAGCCCCAGCACCUAAGCAAUCGCAUCGACAAACGUCUCAGGACGAAGCACAAAACCAAGACAGUCAAGCUGCACUGCCCGAAACUGUGUCGUCGGAUGCACUCACAACAAAGGAUAGAAAGGACGCAGCCUUGGCGUCUCAACUUGCCAGACUAAGUGUCAGAGACCAGCAAAGCUUGAUACAUAUGGCAUCUUCAGAACAGCGUAGCUUCUUGCUACAGAGAAAGAAGGAAAUGGACACGGCACGACGGUCAGAAAGAAAGAUGCGACUCAAGACCGAGAGGCUCAAUAACAAGACCAUGAUGAAGAACUUUCAGAACGAUGUGCCGGGUCCAAAGAAUGGUUGA